AUGGUUGAUAUGAUCAUGGAGGAGGUUGCAGGGAACUUGGACCAGGAAGCAGCUGGAGAGCUUGUAGCAGAGGAGGAGCAGCUUGAACCUGAGGAAGCUCUGGAAGCCUUGGCCUUACCAACUGGUCCCAUCACAAGAAUUUUUCUGGGUUUGUUUCCUUAUAACUCUGAGAACGAAGAUGAAGAGGAUUCGAACAAGAGUCUCAGUGAAUCCCUUCUGGAGCAAAUCAAGAAGCUAAUGAGGGAUGAGUUUGAUCGGAGGGAACAAGUUAAAGAAGGGAAGCGCAAAGAGUCUAGAGAUCAUAUCCAUAUCUCGGAUAAGGAGAGGAGGAAGACCCUAUGGCCUCAAGAAGGAUGGCCGAUGAGCAAGCCAAUACCUACUACAACAGUGGCCACUCCUCUCUAG